AUGAAUAUAUUUCCCUCACAAUAUGCAAUCAUCUUUGCCUGGUUGCUAUGCGCAAUCAUGUUCAACACUGGCUGGUGCAACCUUCAUAUCCGCUGCAACCAGAAAGACAAGGAUGCCCUCUUAAACUUCAAGCAAGGAGUCAAGGAUCCAGCUGGUGUGCUCUUUUCAUGGUCCACUCAACAAGAUUGUUGUGAAUGGAAAGGAGUCACGUGUGACAAUUUCACAAGUAGAGUUACCCAACUCAGUCUCCCUUGCUCUACAACUCUUCCAACUUACACUGAUUAUAUGGAUAAAUCACACUGUCUCGCAGGUUCCAUUUACCUAUCCUUGUUAAUGGUGGAGUUUGAAUUUCUAUAUCACUUGAAUUUGAGCAAUAAUGACUUCUCCACUAUCCAAUUUGGUUCUCAUGUGCAUAGUCAGAAUUGUCAUAAUCUAUCUGUAGGUAUUCCUUCCAAUCAAUGUGUAAACUCUUCAGCUAUUCGUUAUCUUGAUUUAUCAUUUAACAAUCUUGCCAUCACUAGUCUUGAUUGGCUUUCUCAUUUUUCCUCCUUGGAAUAUCUGAACCUCGAUGGCAUUGAUCUUCACAGAGAAACCAAAUGGCUUCAGUUAGUCAUUAUGCUUCCAUCACUUUUAGAGCUCCACAUGCGUCAUUGUCAGCUUGAAGACUUGAGUCCGUCUCUUCAAUAUGCUAAUUUUACUGCACUCAAAGUCCUUUCUCUUCCUGGAAAUGGUUUUCACUCAGAGUUACCAAAAUGGUUAUUUAAUCUUAGUUGUGAUAUCUCUUCUAUUGACCUAGGGUCAAAUUUAUUAAAAGGCCAACUGCCUGAGGCGUUGUUAAAUCUUCAACACUUGGAAGCCUUGGAAUUGGAUGAUAAUAACUUCAAUGGACCAAUUCCACAUUGGUUAGGCGAAUUUCAACAUCUGCAACAUGUAAAUCUUAGAAAAAACAUGUUUUCUGGAUCUAUUCCCUCAAGUUUGGGAAAUCUAUCAUCCUUACUUAUCUUGUCUGUAAGCUCAAAUAGAUUGACAGGAGUUGUGUCUGAGAAACAUUUUGUCAAACUGUCAAAACUAAAGGAUUUGCGUAUAUACAUAUCACCACCAUUAAUCUUUGAUUUUGAUUCCCACUGGGUUCCACCUUUUCAACUUGAGCGAUUAGUUCUUUCAUUUUCAGGUCCUAAAUUUCCUGUCUGGUUAUAUACACAAAAAUCUCUUGAACAUUUAAUUAUUUAUGAAUCAUCAUUUGAGGCUAAAGAAAAAUUUUGGAGUUUUCUGUCAAGAAUGAAAGAAGUCCAUUUAGAACGUAAUUCAAUAGAUGGGAACUUGUCAAACGUGUUGUUGAACUCUACAUUCAUAUCAUUGUCAUCAAAUGAUCUGAAGGGUUUGUUGCCUCGAUUAUCAUCCAACGUGGUCGUUGUAAGGUUGCCAAACAACUCAUUAUCAGGAAACAUGUCUUUUCUCUUGUGUGAUCAUGAGAUGUUAAGUGGGAACAACAACUUGGAGUACUUGGACAUAUCUCUCAAUCUUGUGUCAGGAGGACUUACAAAUUGUUGGGAAAAUUGGAAAUCAUUGGUUCACAUUAAUUUAGGAAGCAAUAAUAUAACAGGCGAGAUACCUUCAUCAAUGGGCUUGUUAUCUAAUCUUACGUCACUCCAUCUGCAUGAGAAUAAGCUCUAUGGAGAGAUUCCUUCCUCCCUGAAAGAUUGUCACUCUCUAUUAAUCUUCAAUGUUCGUGAAAAUGAUUUUUCAGGAAAUAUACCAAAUUGGAUACUGCAUGGUGCAAAAGCUCUCCAAUUAAGGUCCAAUCAUUUUGGAGGAAAUAUCCCAUCACUUAUAUGCCAAAUGUCUUCCCUUAUUGUGUUGGAUAUCGCAAACAACACAAUCUCAGGACCUAUACCCAACUGCCUUCACAAUAUCGCAGCCUUAGUUUCCAACAAUGCUUCACACAACAAGCUUUCUUUUCACUUUCCUAUGGGUGAUGGUCGUCACUACACCUUUGAAGACAAUCUUGAGCUGGUCAUGAAGGGUCAAACAUUAGAAUAUGGAAAAAACCUGCACUUUAUGAGCUUAAUUGAUAUGUCAAGUAACAAUUUGUCUGGAACAUUACCUCCCCAAAUGUUUAGCCUCAUUGGGUUAUGUUCCUUGAACUUGUCACACAACAAAUUAACAGGAAAAAUACCGAGUGAGAUUGGGAACAUGAACAAGUUGGAGUCUCUUGAUUUGUCAACAAACCAACUUUGGGGUGAAAUUCCCCAAACUCUAUCAAAUUUGUCCUUUUUGAGUUACUUAAACCUGUCAUUCAAUAAUUUCACAGGCAAAAUACCAUCAGGAACACAACUUCAAGGGUUCAGUGCACUUAGCUAUAUAGGUAAUCGUGAUCUUUGUGGACCUCCACUUACAAAAAUGUGCUUUCAAGAUGCAAAGCAAAUACAUGAAGAUGGGCAGACAUCUGAAUUUUUUUCCUGGUUUUAUAUUGGAAUAGAAACUGGAUUUGGCACAAGCUUUUUUGGAGUUUGUUGUGCCAUUUUCUUAAAUAGAAAAUGGAGGCAUGUUUACUUCAAGUUUCUUUAUGGCUUAAUAGAUCGACUUUACGUCAUGGGGCUCAUCACUAUAAAUUCGUUCUCCUUGCAUAGAUAG